GGACAUACGCAUACACAUAACGUAUACAGAUAAAUACAUACGUAAACUCGCGUACAUAUGUGCGCGAGCGUGCUUGUAUUGUAUGUACACACACACACACAUAUAUAUCUAUAUAUACAUAUAUAAUAUGUAAUGUUUUUUAUUUUUUCAUUUUACUCUCCCGCGUUCGCUCCCUCUCGCCCAUCGGUCUGUUUUUCACUCGAUCGCGCGCGCGCGCUCUCUCUUUCUAUCUGCCUCGCUCGCACGCGUACACGCACAGUCAUUUUCUUCAUACACUCUGCGAUGUCUCGCCUCGUGUUGCGUUCACACGUUUCGCGUCGCAACGUAACGUUUGCCGAUUUGCACGACGACGUCGUAGCCGCCGCCGAACGAUUGUGAAAAACAAUACCAUGGAAUGGUAGUGCGGAACACUACUGUAACGGACCACCACCACCACCACCACCACCACCAACAUCACCAACGCGGCGAUCAUGGACAACAAUGCUACACAGGAGUUUGAGUUCCUUGAUUUCACAGAUAUCAAUGACAUGGAACGAGGCCGUUUACUGCAUAUGCUGUAUUCUGCUCGGAAUGAGUCAUGGGUUUCUGGAGAAGAUGGAUUCAAACAUCCUGAUUUCCCAUGGACAUUUCGUGGCACCCAGGCUCAGGCACUUCCUCCACCUGGAAUAAUUAAUGAAGUUGGCAACAUAACACAUAUUUCUGAUUGGAAUACAGCAGCAGAAGAAUAUGACUGUGGUUAUCCAACAGUUAAUGGUGAUGCUGAGCCUGAAAACCCUGUGAUGAUAAAUGGUGGAAAUUUUGUUCCUGGCCCCCCUCCACCUGUUUAUCAAAUGGUGCCUAAUCCUCCAGUAUAUAUGGGUAAUGUACCUCCACCAGUACAUGGAUACGUUCCAUCACAAAUGUCGCCAUAUCAACCAAUGUAUCCUGGACCUGAACUACCAAUGGAUCCUAAUCACAGGCGACCAAAUAUUUCUAGGAAUCCUAAAGGAAUACCUCCACCACAAAAUGUAAAACGGAAUAAUGAUAUGACUUAUCGCCAUCCAGAUAAUAUGGAAAUAGCAAACUACCAAACACCACCAACAUAUAUUGCUGUUCCUCCUCCACAUUAUUAUUAUUCACCUCAAAAUAGUCCAUUAUAUUUACCACCUCACCAUGGACAUCCAACAUAUCCAAUGUAUACUCAUCCACAUCCUUCUAUUUACAAUCCAUAUCCGCAGCCUGGUCCACCAAUGUACCAUUCACCACCAGCUGGUCAAGUCCCUCAACAACCUCUUUUAGUUGAAUCUUGCAAACCUAAUGUUAAUCCAAUUCCACCUGUACAUAAUGUUUAUCCUCAAGUACCAGAAAAUGUUAUAAAUGAGACAACAGUAGAUCCAGAAAUCAUUUCUAUACAACAGGAUAAAGAAUUAGAACAUCAGAUUCAAUCAGAACAUAUAAAAUUAGAAGUCAUAGAAAUUAAACCAGAAGAACCAAAAGAUGAAAGAAUAUCUUCUAUAAAAGAAGUGCCUAUUGUUGUAGAUGACAAUGCGCCAGUUGUGUCUAGUGAAAAAAUAAAGGAAACUAAUUUAACUAAAACCAAAAAAAAGAAAGAACCUGUUACUAAUGGUACUUCAGAUGUGAUUUUAGAAAAUCAAAACUUUGAAAAAAAAGAAACUAAUAAAGAAGAAUCUACUAGUGUGUUAGAAAUUAAAGAAGAAAUUACUUCAAAUCAAGAACAGGCUUCUUCAGUUUCUGCUAUUCCUCCUGUUAAACCUGAUGUUCAAGAAAUUGAACCUGUUAAACCAGUUGCUAAGACAUGGGCCGGACUAUUUUCUGGAUGUACUACAACAAACAAUGAUAAAGUUUUUACACUACAUGGUAGUAGUCAACCAGCUACAAAUACUAGUUCAGAACCUAUUGUUAUGCCAUCUAGAAGUAUUCCUGAUAAUCCAAUCCGGUCUUCAAUAUUUGUGGCCAAUAACCAAAAACAAACAUUACUAGCUAAGCCCAGGCCAUCUAAUCCUAACUCCAUAUCCAGUGUUGAUGAUAAUACAUUGCAUUUGCAAAGAGUGGGAGAAUUUCUGUCCGUGUAUAAUCUGGAUCAUAAAACUGUUCAUCUACAGCCACGAGGUCUUACUAAUCGUAAUACACGUUGUUAUAUAAAUGCCACAUUGCAAGCUUUGUUAACAUGUCCUCCUUUUUUCAACCUUAUGAGAAGUGUGCAAUUUAAACUUAAAAAUAGAAACCCUCGAGGAACACAAAAAUCAUCUACUCCAAUUCUUGAGAGCAUGGUACAAUUUAUUGGAGAAUUCCAACAAUUGAGUGUUAAAAAUGGUAGAACUCAACAGCAACGUCAAGCUACAUCUGUGGCCCCACAAGAAAUGCCUGAUGUUGGACCCGCAUUUGAGCCAAGCUAUAUUUAUAAAAUAUUACCAUCUUUUGAAGAAGGGUGCCAAGAAGAUGCUGAAGAGUUUAUGAGUUAUCUUCUUAAUGGUAUUAAUGAUGAGAUGAUAGAACUGAUUAAAAUGGGCAAAUCUAAUAUGGGCAAUGAUGAUACACAAGCCGAAGCUGAUGCUAUUGACAACAAUAAUGAGUGGAAGGAAGUUAAUGGUAAACAUAAAAUGGUAACUAGACGUACAGUAAUGGAAAAAACUCCUUUAUCUGAAAUAUUUCGUGGACAGUUAAGAACUCGUACAGUGAAAAAUGGUGAAAAUGAACCGACUGAAAAUAUUGAACCAUUCUUCACACUUAAACUUGAUAUUGAAAAAGCAAAAUCUGUACGAGAAGCUUUAGAUAUGCUUGUCACUAAAGAUACUCUUGAAGGAUUAACUUGCCCAAAGACAAACCGUGAAUUAGAUGCUUAUCAACAAGUUACUAUUGAUGAACUACCUUAUGUCCUAUUAUUACAUCUUAAAUGUUUUGAAUACAAACAACAAAAAUUGACCAAGAUUGUGAAAAAUGUUGAGUUUUCUGUUGAUCUUAAAAUUGAACCCAAGCUCAUAUCAAAAACUUCUAAGAAUAACAUGAAGACUAGGCAGUACAAACUUUUUGCAGGUAAUCAUUCUUUAUUUUUAUGAUUUUCUGUAUUGGGUGUUAUAGUAAAUGAGCUAAGGUUAUAGACACAAGCUUU